AUGGGAGGAGAAGCAGAAGAAAGAAAGGAGGUCCAGGAAGUGGGAAAUCCAGAGAUGGUGGAUGUUGGUCUAAAGGAGCUCAAGUGCAGGCUAGAAGAGUUUGCAAGUGCAAGAGACUGGGAUCAGUUUCACAGCCCAAGAAACCUACUCCUUGCCAUGGUUGGUGAAGUGGGAGAGCUGUCAGAAAUUUUCCAGUGGAGGGGAGAGGUGGCGAGAGGGCUGCCAAACUGGGAAGAAGGGGACAAGGAGCACCUUGGAGAAGAACUGUCCGACGUCCUCCUUUACCUCAUACGCUUGGCCGACAUUUGUGGGGUUGAUCUUGGAGACGCAGUCACCAAGAAACUGCUUAAAAACGCCAUGAAAUAUCCUGCACCUGCCAAGAUAUUCCAAACACCAUAAUUCUUCUUCCUGUGAUCAAUCAAUCAAAUACAUGUACCCUUCAAUGAGAACAGAAUAAAGUUAUCUUGC